AUGCAGGAGACCGGUCCCAAGCUCCCUGCCAGGCUACCAGAGUUCAACCCUAAUGCUGCUGGUUCCGAGGACAGCGAAGAAUUCAGGGCCAGCCUCGCUGACCUCAAGAACGUGGCGCCUUUCACACAGAACUCUGGCCUGGGUUCUCUGGGCGAUCUAAAGAUGAACCUCCCGUUCGAGAGCCAGCCUUCGAGCCGAGCACCCAUCGAAAAGGAGAAGAAGCCAUCGCUCGAUUUCCCAGUAAUUCCCCAGGCACCUCGCCCUCCGCCGACGUUCGCAGUCAACCUCAAGCCCACAGGCGGGGCCUGGCAGAAGUACACGCAGGAUUUCCAAAGCUAUGUUAUGAGAUGGGAAAUCUUCAACGCUCAAGUCAUCGAGCACUUCAACGCACGCAAGGCGAACAUUGCUGAUCUUCGAGCUCGAAAGAGUUAUUCUUUCCUCGUCUCUCGUGGCGACGAUGAAAUUCAAGAGUAUCUGGAAUGGAUGGCACAGGACAAGGAGGUUCGAAGAAAGUGGGCUGUUGCGUGCGAGGACCACGAAGCCCGCAUUCGAGAGUUCAUGGUGUACAAGGGCAAGAUGGCAGCUUGA